AUGUAUGAAAGCAAGCUAGGGGUUGUGGUUGUACUGAACAGCUCCGAAUUAAUUCGGGAGGCUUUGAUGCGAAAAUGGUCUGACUUCGCUGGACGGCCUCAUAACUUUCUGGCCCACUUGAUUUCCAAGGGAGGCAAAGACCUCUCGCUGGGGAACUACACGCCGACGUGGCGCUUGCAACGCAAACUCGCCCACGUGGCCUUCCAGCGUUGCCUGCGAGGAGACAUGGAGAAGAUUGUGCAGGACCAGGCUCAACAACUCACCAAGGUUUUCCACAGUUACAAUGGACAACCUGUGGAUGUGGCACACGCCUUUUCUCUGCAUGCUUGUGCAGUCAUCUCCAACUUGAUAUUUGGGGCAGUGGACAUUUCCACCAUCGAAGAAAUGCAUAACUGCAUGAUCGAGCUGGUUGAAAAUUGGAGCUCUGCUUCCGUCCAGAUUCUUGAUUUUCUUCCCAUCUUCAGGGUGGUCCCCAACCCAACUUUGCGGCAUCUGCUUUCCUGUGUCAAAAACCGGGAUGCCUUGAUCCAAACCCAGAUGAAGAAACACCAGGAGUCACGUAGCCCUUCAGAGAUCCAGGACAUGCUGAAUGACAUGCUGCAGCUUCUGCGUGACUAUGGCACUGAAAAAUGGGGGGAGACUGGCCUCUUGUUGGAUCACGUCCACAUGGCCAUUGUUGACCUGCUUAUUGGAGGCACGGAGACCACAGCGACCCUGCUCACUUGGGCUAUUGCCUUCCUAGUGCAUCGUCCUGAGAUUCAGGAGCAGAUCCACCAAGAGUUAACCACUGUCAUCGGAUUCCACCGUGAUCCGACCUACAGCGAUCAGGAGCAGCUGCCUUACCUCCGAGCUACCAUCUUGGAGACUUUGCGCCUGCGUCCAUCAGCACCCCUGGCUCUGCCUCACAUGACCAUCCGUAACACCAGUCUAUCUGGGUUCUCCAUCCCUAAGGGCACGACGGUCAUUCCCAACCUCUAUGGGGCCCAUCACGAUGAGACCAAGUGGCACCGUCCUCUGGAGUUUAGGCCAGAGAGAUUCCUGGAGGGUGAAGCCUCUGUUGAGGCCCGACGGAAUCUGGUGCCAUUCAGCUGUGGGGCGCGGGUAUGCCUGGGGGAAGCCUUAGCCCGCAUGGAAUCAUUCCUCUUCCUUGCUUACAUCUUGAGAGACUUCCAACUCUUGCCUGCGUCAGCCGGAUGCCUUCCUGACCUCAGGGGAUCAUUUCGAUUCCUUAUUCAUUGCAAGCCCUUCCUGGUGCGGCUGGUACCCCGGCCGAGGACCCCAAAGCUCGAAAAAUGAAGCCUCUCCUGCCCUUCCUGCUGGGCGAGAAAUGGAAAUCAUCCACCUGCUUUUUUGUUUAUAUGAUGUUGUUAAUGCUCACUGUCAUAUUAUGGAGGCUUGUUUUCCACACGAUUAUAAUGAGUUUGCCAGUAACUAAAGUUCAAAUCUAUGUGCAAUCCUUGUCCUUGGCAGGUUUGAACCAGUUCUUAUCAGACUCUACAUACUUCAUGGAGAGCUUGUUUUGUUAUUUCCAAGAGCUAGAAACUUUCAUCAUAGGAACUCCUAGUUCCUGAAAAUACUCAAAGAGGCACCCCUCUGCUACUGCCAUCAAGAUCCUUACUCCUCCUCCCUUAGUUCUCUUGGCAGUUCUCAACUUUGUAACCAAUGUAACCAGUCAUGCAUGGAUUUUAGGAUAGGUUUAAACUACAGGAGGUCUUCAUUUAGCAAUGUCCUGAUAGGAAUAUGGUGGCUUAAGUGGUUAGGAUGCUAGGAUGGAGGUUGGCAAGUCCAUGUUCGAGACCCAAGUGGAGCUCCCAUCAUUCACUCCAGCUCCUGCUGGGGACAUGAAAGGAGCCCUCAAAUGAGCAUCCCCAGGCAACGGCGAUGUCACUGGCUAUGCCUUUCAGCCUGGAAGCACCCUGGUGCUUCUGACAUGAGGGGGGGGGAAAAAAAAAGAGAGAGAGAGAGAGAGAGAAAGCAAUGUCCUAAUAGCCUCAUUUAAUAAUCAUUUGCAGUUAUCAUGGUAAUGAAAGAAUGAUCCAUAUGGCUUCCAUCCUGAUAUAAUUCUGGAAGCUAUUAAAGACCUGGUUAUUGUCUCAAGCUUUGCAACAGUGUGCUGUUGAGCUUCUAUUGGGUUAUUGUUGUUGCUUGAUAUGUUUGAUUUUAGACUGCUGCUACUUUUCAGGUCAUCUACUGUAGAGUCAUUUGAGAAUUAGAUAUACUGUAAAUAAAAUAAAUUAAAAUCAAUCCAAAGAGGAACAGGAGAUGUUUCUGAAUGCACAUUUGAUGCCCAUUUAACGCUCACUGCUAAUUCUGGUACAAAGUCCUGGUGAAGGACAACAGAGUUGGAAGCACCUUGGAGGUCUUCUACUCCAACCCUCUGUGCAAGCAGGAGAUGCUAUACCAGAUAUUCAAAUCUCUGUAGGUCCACCUAGCAGACUAGUGGAGAUCUGCAGUUCUGAAAUGCAUGCUCUCUGAAAAUUUGGAUCCUGAAUCAACUUCUGCUUCGUUCCUGUUGCAACUGGAGGA